GGUGCGAUGUCAGUUGAUGUCAGUGGAAAUAACUGUUCGUCUGAGUUUGAAAGUUGCUGAUAGUUUACAGUGAUUUGCAGGCGCAUUUUGUCGGAUAUUCAGCCUCAUUUAGAUAAUCAAAGGAACUCAUUUUUCCUCGAUCGAAAUUACGAGGAUGAGGCCAACAUCGGUGGGACGUAAAUCGUCUCUGAACCCGGUGCGUGUGUCAACACUGGCUGACAAGGGUUCAGCUCGGGGGGAUUCACGAAAGACGUUGAAGCAGAGAGGGUCGUCUGUGGGUGAUAGUUCGCAGAUACCUAGACCCCGGAUUCGAAAUGACUCCACCGAGAGGUCCAGCAUCAGGCCGUCGACGUCAAGAGCGACAGCCACUCCAGUGACGAAUCUGCGCCCCCCCAGUGAGAUAGGAAGUCUAGCCAGAGGUCGUUCUCCCUCAGCGGAGCGUGCCAGUGUUCUAGGCACCACAAAGGGUACAAAAAAGGACACGAGACCGUUGAACGACAAGAGCUACCAAAACCUAAUGCUGAGUAGGAUCGACAACUUCUUCAGCGACACCCAGAAAUCCUCGAUGCUCAACACUACAGGAAGUUUGAAGCCAGUGUCCCUGAAAAUAUUCGUCAAUGCCUCGGAUUUUCUCCUGAAGCUCCUCGAGUACAAGCAGGAAUUAAACCUCACCAACUACAUGGAGGAGCUUCCAAAAAUAGCCAAGAAGCUGCAUUACCCUGGAGUAAUGGCGAAAUCCUGGCUGAAGACAGCCAACACGAUGCACUCGUUUCCCCACGUCCUUGCCUGGCUGUCCUGGCUAGUGGAAAUUUGCGAGGUCAAGGACUUUGCCAAUCAGACGUUCCAGCUCAAUGCUCUGCCCUUCAACGACUGUGCCGAUGGUGAAGUGAUAAAUCGCAGUCUUUUCCUGUCACUCCUGGAGCUGUAUCAGGUGUGGAAUGACGGUAAAGAGGAUGAGGAGAAGGCGCUGGAGGACAAGUACAUCGACGGAAUGGCUAACCAGUGUGGCUUCACAGACGAGGACGUUGAGCAGGCGCAGGCUGAGCUGGAAGAAACCCUGAGAAAAGAGCAGGCACUCCUCCAGGACGAUCAGGUUGUCACUGAUCAAUUGAACGAACUCACCGAGAAAUUGAAGAUGCUGACUGAGGAUGAGAGCAAACAGACAGCCCAUUCGUCAGCUCAGGCGAAAUAUUUGACUACUAUUGAGGCUGAAAUGCAGCAGUUGGACGCUGAAUCUCAGUUGUACGACAGGGAGAAACGAAAGUACGAGGAUAAACACGAUGAACUUAACGCAAUUAUUCAACAACAGGCGAUGAACAUUGAGGAGAGGGACGAGAUUGUCCACCAGUGUUCACAGAUUCAGGGGUAUAUGAACAGUUUUGAUGACCAUCUUGAGGAGAUACAGAAAGAGGCCUGGGCGUUGGAUAUGAAAGCGUCGAAAGCUCGUGAUCAGUUCGAUAAAGCUAUAUUGGCAUUCAACAGGGACAUUGUUAUCAAUGUAACCAACGAUAUUGCUGGGGAUUUGGAUGAAUUGAAGAUGCCCGAGACCUUCCCCACGAGGGACAUUGUGGAGGCCCUCAAGCAAAAGGCUGAGACAAUCAACAAUGUGAAAAAUACUAUUAAAAGGGAGUUGAACAGUUGUCAAACAUUUAUCGAUAAGCAAUCCACUAAAUUGGAGACACUGCUUGAUAAAAUCAAAAUUCAGGAUCAGGAGAAGAAUGAAAUGGUGUUGAAGAGUAGUGAGACGAGGCAGUAUAUCAAGAAAUUGAAGGAGAAUGCUAAGGAAGAGGUGAACAAGUGGCAGGAUGUCAUUCAGAAGGCGCAGGCUGAGAUCAAAGAGCUGCAGCAGUCGUGUUCGGAUGAUCAGGUGAUGGAGAGUGAAUUGGCAGAGGCCCAGGAGAAAUUAGAUGCUGUUAUGAGGAGGAAAGUUCAUCUGGAGCAAUCGGCUCAACGAUUUUUUGCAAAGUUUUUUGAAAUCCUGGCAUCUCACAGGAAUGAGCUCCACAAGCAGCUGACAAAAUGUCAAACUAAUUCUUCGUAAAUUUUCGGGGGAAUUACUAUAAUGGGUUCAUUGUCUUUUUGCAUUCCUCAUUUUUACUUUUUUAAGAAUUGUAAAUACAUUGAGGAAACUUAUAGACGACAUAAAUUAGUUACUUUUUAAAAAUUCCUCGGGGCUUUGGCCUCUUCUAGGCAUGAGAUCCAAACAGCUGACUAAAUGUCAAGCUAAUUCAUUGUAAAUUUUUGGAACAAUUGGCAUUAUGGAUGGAUUGUCUUCUUGCAUUUUACAAUUUUAUCUUUUAAGGACUGUAAAUAUGUCGAGGAAAUUUAUAGUCGUCAUGAAUUAAUACUCUUCUUAGGAAUGAGAUUCAUACGCAGCAUCUAUUAUUUUUGUGAAUAACUGUAAAUACAUUGCAGAAAACUAUAGUUGUCAUAAGUUAUCAGCAUAUAGAAUAAAGAAAAUAAAUAGCAUUUGAUGAGUUCAAUUAAAUUGAAUGAAAUGCAGUAUUACAUUUUUAUACGAAUUCAAAGAACAAUUUGAUUGAUAAUUGAGACUUAUUUUAAAAAUAUUUUCUUGAUUCUUUCAGAAACAUUUUUGGCGCUAUUUUACAUAAAUAUUG